GCCACGGCCGCUGCUAGGGGGAGGCGAGAAGCUCCUCCCUGGAGCAGAGAAACCAGUUUGUCCGGUCCGACAGAGCGGAGGGAAAAGGGCGGCCGCCGAGGAAGGGCGCACUGACGCGGGGCGGGGGAAGGCGGGGAGCCCUUGGCGAGCCGCGAGAGCCGGAGGAGUCGCGGCCAACUGGACAGGCUUCCCGGGGCCCCCGGCCAGCCCCUGUGUGCCAUGCAGCGCUAGCGCAGCCGCAGCGCUGGGGCCGGGCGGGAGGCGGCCAGGUGCGCACAAGCCUUGGAGCGGCGCGCACCCCGCGGAUGCCCCAGCUGGGGCCCAGUGAGCACUAGGUAGUUUCAAGUUUGCCAGCAGAAUGAACACGGAAAGAGACUCAGAAACAACAUUUGACGAGGAUUCUCAGCCCAACGAUGAGGUGGUUCCCUACAGUGAUGACGAAACUGAAGACGAACUUGAAGAUCAGGGGCCUCCACUUGAACCAGAGCAGAAUCGCAUCAACAGAGAAGCAGAGAACAAGCGGGAGACAUUCCGGAAAGAUUGCACAUGGCAAGUCAAAGCAAAUGAUCGCAAGUUCCAUGAACAACCUCAUUUUAUGAACACCAAAUUCUUUUGUAUUAAGGAGAGCAAAUAUGCGAAUAAUGCAAUUAAAACAUACAAGUACAACGGAUUUUCCUUUCUACCCCUGAAUUUAUUUGAACAAUUUAAGCGAGCAGCCAAUUUCUAUUUCCUGAUCCUUCUUAUUUUGCAGGCCAUCCCUGAAAUCUCCACCCUGGCAUGGUAUACCACAUUUUUUCCCCUACUUCUGGUGCUGGGCAUCACAGCAAUCAAAGACAUAGUAGAUGAUGUGGCUCGCCAUAAAAUGGACAAGGAAAUCAACAAUAGGACAUGCGAGGUCAUUAAGGAUGGCAGGUUCAAAAUCAUCAAGUGGAAAGACAUCCAAGUUGGAGACGUCAUUCGCCUGAAGAAGAACGAUUUCAUUCCUGCUGACAUUCUGCUGCUGUCCAGCUCAGAGCCAAACAGCCUCUGCUAUGUGGAAACGGCUGAACUCGAUGGGGAAACCAAUUUGAAGUUCAAAAUGGCCCUUGAAAUCACAGACCAGUAUCUCCAAACAGAAGAUAACUUGGCGACAUUUGAUGGUUUCAUUGAAUGUGAAGAACCAAACAACCGGCUAGACAAGUUCACGGGCACCCUGUUUUGGAGGAAACGGAGCUUCCCUUUGGAUGCUGACAAAAUCCUGUUACGUGGUUGUGUGAUUAGAAACACCGAUGUCUGCCAUGGCUUGGUCAUUUUUGCAGGUGCCGACACUAAGAUAAUGAGGAAUAGUGGGAAAACCAGAUUUAAAAGGACGAAAAUUGACUACUUGAUGAACUACAUGGUGUACACGAUCUUUAUCGUACUCAUCCUGGUUUCUGCUGGCCUCGCCAUUGGCCACGCUUAUUGGGAAGCACAAGUUGGCGAUUAUUCCUGGUACCUCUAUGAUGGAGAAAAUGCCACGCCCUCCUACCGGGGCUUCCUGAAUUUCUGGGGCUACAUCAUUGUGCUGAACACCAUGGUGCCCAUUUCUCUCUACGUCAGUGUGGAAAUUAUCCGGUUGGGACAAAGCCACUUCAUCAACUGGGACCUGCAGAUGUACUAUGCCGAGAAGGACACACCUGCGAAGGCGAGGACCACCACGCUGAAUGAACAGCUAGGACAGAUUCAUUACAUCUUCUCCGACAAGACAGGGACACUCACGCAAAAUAUCAUGACAUUCAAAAAGUGCUGCAUUAACGGGCAAAUCUACGGAGACCAUCGGGAUGCUUCUCAACACAGCCAUAGCAAAAUAGAGUUAGUGGAUUUUAGCUGGAAUACAUUUGCUGAUGGAAAACUUGCAUUUUAUGACCAUUACCUGAUUGAGCAAAUCCAAUCAGGGAAAGAGCCGGAAGUCCGACAGUUCUUCUUCUUGCUUUCCAUUUGCCAUACAGUCAUGGUGGACAGAAUUGAUGGACAGCUCAACUACCAGGCAGCCUCUCCUGAUGAAGGUGCCCUGGUAAAUGCCGCCAGGAACUUCGGCUUUGCCUUCCUCGCCAGGACGCAGAACACUAUCACGGUCAGCGAGCUGGGCACAGAAAGGACUUACAAUGUGCUCGCCAUUCUGGACUUCAACAGUGACCGGAAGCGGAUGUCUAUCAUCGUGCGAACCCCAGAAGGUAGCAUUCGGCUAUACUGUAAAGGCGCUGACACUGUAAUUUAUGAGCGGCUCCAUCCGAUGAAUCCUACAAAGCAAGAAACACAGGAUGCCCUGGAUGUCUUUGCUAGUGAGACUCUCCGAACCCUGUGCCUGUGCUACAGGGAAAUUGAAGAGAAGGAAUUUGCAGAAUGGAACAAAAUGUUUAUGGCCGCCAGCGUGGCCUCGACCAACCGAGAUGAAGCUUUGGAUAAAGUAUACGAAGAGAUUGAGAAGGACCUGAUUCUCUUGGGGGCUACUGCCAUUGAAGACAAACUACAGGACGGAGUUCCAGAAACCAUUUCAAAACUUGCUAAAGCUGACAUUAAGAUCUGGGUACUUACAGGAGACAAAAAGGAAACUGCGGAAAACAUAGGUUUUGCCUGUGAACUUCUGACAGAAGAUACUACUAUCUGCUACGGGGAGGACAUAAAUUCUCUUCUUCACACGAGGAUGGAAAAUCAAAGAAACAGAGGUGGAGUCUCAUCGAAGUUUGUACCCCCUGUGUAUGAACCCUUUUUUCCACCUGGAGAAAACCGCGCCUUAAUCAUCACUGGCUCAUGGUUGAACGAAAUCCUUCUGGAGAAGAAGACCAAAAGAAGUAAGAUCCUAAAGCUGAAGUUCCCGAGGACGGAGGAAGAGAGACGGAUGCGGACACAGAGUAAGCGACGGCUGGAAGAGAAGAAAGAACAGCGGCAGAAGAACUUUGUGGACCUGGCCUGCGAGUGUAGCGCCGUCAUCUGCUGCCGCGUCACCCCCAAGCAGAAGGCCAUGGUGGUGGAUCUGGUGAAGAGGUACAAGAAGGCCAUCACGCUAGCCAUUGGAGACGGGGCCAAUGACGUGAACAUGAUCAAAACUGCCCACAUUGGUGUUGGAAUAAGUGGACAAGAAGGAAUGCAAGCUGUCAUGUCCAGUGACUAUUCUUUUGCUCAGUUCAGAUACCUGCAGAGGUUGCUGCUGGUCCAUGGCCGGUGGUCUUACAUCAGGAUGUGCAAGUUCCUACGCUACUUCUUUUACAAGAACUUUGCGUUUACUUUAGUUCAUUUCUGGUACUCCUUCUUCAAUGGCUACUCAGCACAGACGGCAUACGAGGACUGGUUUAUCACCCUGUACAAUGUGCUCUACUCCAGUUUGCCUGUACUCCUCAUGGGGCUGCUUGACCAGGAUGUGAGUGACAAACUGAGCCUCCAGUUCCCUGGGUUGUAUGUAGUUGGACAGAGGGACACACUAUUCAACUACAGGAAGUUCUUCGUCAGUUUGCUGCAUGGGGUCUUAACAUCCUUGGUCCUCUUCUUCAUACCCCUCGGCGCUUACCUACAAACAGUGGGACAGGAUGGAGAGGCACCUUCAGACUACCAGUCCUUCGCCGUCACAGUGGCCUCAGCUCUAGUAAUAACGGUCAAUUUCCAGAUUGGCUUGGAUACUUCUUACUGGACCUUCGUGAAUGCGUUUUCGAUUUUUGGAAGCAUCGCACUGUACUUUGGCAUCAUGUUUGAUUUCCAUAGUGCCGGGAUACAUGUUCUCUUCCCAUCUGCAUUUCAGUUCACAGGUACCGCGUCCAAUGCCCUGAGACAGCCCUAUAUUUGGCUGACCAUCAUCCUGACCGUCGCAGUAUGCUUAUUGCCUGUUGUUGCCAUCCGCUUCUUAUCAAUGACCAUCUGGCCAUCAGAAAGCGAUAAGAUCCAGAAACAUCGGAAGCGAUUGAAGGCCGAAGAGCAGUGGAAACGGCCACAGAACGUGUUCCGGAGGGGAACAUCUACCAGGCGCUCGGCCUAUGCCUUCUCUCACCAGAGAGGAUACGCGGACCUCAUCUCCUCGGGCCGCAGCAUCCGCAGGAAGCGCUCGCCCCUGGAUGCCAUUAUCGCGGAAGGCACCGCUGAGUACAGGCGCACAGGGGAGGGGCGAGCGGUGUGGGUUGUAUUUUUUUUUUUUUUUUUUUAAUUCAAGACUCAGGACCUUUUUUUAAGAACUAACAGACAAACUGAGUUUGUCACAGAGCUACCGAGGACAAUAACCUUUAUAACAGACGUCUAGGGCUGCGCUGUUAAGCAACAGUGCAGCCAAGAGAUCACCUGUUAUUCAGCCGACUAUGUCUGCUGAGAUUCAAAGGGAACGUCUUAAUCCAGGCUCCAUCGAGGACAGUUUCCACUCAGAGAUGCUACUGCACUAUAAAAUUACACUGACGCUGUGGCCUCGAGCAUGAUCUCUCAGAUGCACUUCCUGCUGCUCGUCACUUUUGUUUAAAACAAAAAUCGUUUUUAAUUUAUGAGUGCAGUAACAAAAGAUUCGUACCGUGUAUCCCCUGACACAAAGUGGUUUAGUGACCUUUUUCAGAGCUAGUGAUUGGCUUCCUGUUGCUUGACACCGAGUUAUAAAAUUGGAAACGAGUUUCCCUGACUGAAUGUUUAAGUGCAAAGUUGUCAUUCUGGCUUCGAUUCACUACCAGGUUAAAUAACGCAUUCCGUAAUUUUACUAUUUCAUGUUUUAGCAUCUCCCUGCAGUCCCAAGUGGUUUGACUCCAUACUUUAAUUUUUCCAAAAUUGAUUUUUAAAAGCUGAAGACAUUAUCAACUAGUAUUAAGUAAGUUCCAUUUGGAUAGGAGAAAUAAGUUGUGGCAUUUGUUGUGCAGUAAAGGAUUAUGGGUAAUGAUAAUGGAAUAUAUGUUCCUGAAAUGCUAGAUGACAGGGAUUUGAAUGUUUCCAACACAAAGAAGUGAUAUUGUUUGAAGAAAUGGAAAAACCCUGGUGUCAACAUUGUACAAUAUACAUGCCCCAAGGCAGGCUAUCUUGUGGCUGUUGGUAAAUCCAGGAUCUUAAGUUCUAUCUCGGUA